AUGGCGACAAUCAACGGCGCAAACGGAGUCACUGACUCACGACCCAUUUUCUUCUUUGACAUUGACAAUUGUCUUUACUCGAAAGGAUGUAAUAUUCACGAUGAGAUGCAAAAGUUGAUUAACAAGUUCUUCGUCAAGCACCUCGACCUCACCACAGAAGAUGCGCACAUGCUUCACCAAAAGUACUACAAGGAAUAUGGUCUUGCAAUUGAGGGCCUUACCCGACAUCACAAAAUUGAUCCGCUCGAGUUCAACUACGAAGUCGAUGAUGCUCUUCCUCUUAACGAAAUCUUGAAGCCCGAUCCCAAGCUGCGCAAGCUAUUGGAGAGCCUGGAUACAACCAAGGUGAAGCCCUGGCUACUGACAAACGCCUAUGUCAGCCAUGGGAAACGGGUCGUCAAGUUGCUGGGGGUGGAGGAUCUGUUUGAAGGAAUCACGUACUGCGACUAUGGCCAGUUGCCGUUGGUUUGCAAGCCCAGCCAGGAGAUGUAUGCGAAGGCGGAGAAGGAGGCCGGUGCCCCUAGCACCGAGUCUUGCUACUUUGUUGAUGACUCACACCUCAAUUGCAAACAUGCUGAAGCACGAGGCUGGACAGUGGCUCACUUGGUGGAGGCCGGAACUCCCAUCCCGCGAGUACCAGCUUCGAGAUACUUGAUUUCCAGUUUGCACGAGCUACCAGUGCAUUUCCCAGGCAUUUUCAAGCCCCAAGAGGUUGAAUCUGUCUGA